AUGAGUAUAGCAACAGUAACCACAGUCAUAGCAGCCUCUUCAUCCCCGAGUACGGCGGCAGAUGCGGGACACAUGAAAUCAUUAUCAUUCUCUUUCCCUUCUUGUUGGGCAGUUUCAUUUUCACAUCACAAACUCACUCCCAGCGCUCUCGCCCACUGCCCAAGGCCAAGGAGGAAAAGUGGAAGGAUUAGUUGCGAGGUCGCUACCAGAUCAGACUCCUCGUCUCCUUCUUCUUCUUAUUCUUCCUCUGCCGAUAUAACAUCAUCAGAUGAAGCCGUCGCCUCCCCCAAGAUCGGAGCUAGGGUUAAGGUGAAGGUGCCUUUGAAGGUGUACCACGUGCCCAGAGUACCAGAGGUGGAAAUCACUGGAAUGGAAGGUGAGCUCAAGCAGUACGUUGGGCUCUGGAAGGGCAAGCGGAUUUCAGCCAAUCUCCCUUAUAAGGUGCAGUUCGUUGUCGAUGUUGAAGGCCGUGGCGCUGUCAAGUUCUUCGCCCAUCUCAAGGAGGACGAGUUCGAAUACCUUUGA